GCUGUGCGUCGUGUCGGUUGCCGCAGCCGCUGCUCCUGCGUUGCCUCCAUGUUGCCUUGUUGAGCCGCCUGUGUCCCGAGGGAAGCAGCGGAGAGGAGCCCGCCGGUGCCCGGUACAUGUUGACGAGCGCUGGGCACGCAGUGUACCGGGGAGGCUGGUUUCCAGGCACAUUGCGGCUUUCCUUGUGAUGCCUCCUCCGGCGCCCACCAUGAUCCCGUAGGAAGCGGCGGUGAGGCUCAGCCCUGGCAUGUCCUCGUCCAGCAGCCGUCAUAUCCUCUCGGCGGGCUCGGCUCCGUGUCUGUGUGGUUAGUGUAGCGCUGGUGACUCCGCGGACUGUGACAUUUCUGCUGACCCCCUCCUCCUCCUCCUGCAAGCAUGGCCUGGGCAUUAAAGUUACCUCUGGCUGAUGAAGUCAUUGAAUCCGGACUGGUGCAGGACUUCGAUGCCAGUUUAUCUGGGAUUGGGCAAGAGUUGGGUGCUGGCGCCUACAGUAUGAGUGAUGUUCUCGCCCUGCCUAUCUUCAAGCAAGAAGAAUCAAGUCUGCCUUCAGAAAACGAAAACAAGAUCCUACCUUUCCAGUAUGUACUGUGCACGGCUACCUCCCCCGCUGUGAAGCUUCACGAGGAGACCCUUACCUAUCUCAAUCAAGGCCAGUCCUAUGAAAUCCGGAUGUUGGACAAUAGAAAACUAGGGGAACUGCCUGAGCUGACUGGCAAGCUAGUUAAGAGCAUCUUCAGAGUGGUGUUUCAUGACAGACGCCUGCAGUACUCGGAGCACCAGCAGCUGGAAGGCUGGCGAUGGAACAGGCCUGGAGACAGAAUACUUGACAUUGAUGUCCCCAUGUCUGUGGGUAUUAUUGACCCAAGGGCGAAUCCAACGCAGCUGAACACUGUUGAAUUUCUCUGGGAUCCUUCCAAGAGAACAUCUGUCUUUAUACAAGUUCAUUGCAUUAGUACAGAAUUUACAAUGAGGAAGCACGGGGGUGAGAAAGGUGUACCUUUCCGAAUCCAAAUUGAUACCUUCAAAGAGAAUGAGAGUGGAGAGUAUACGGAGCAGCUGCACUCUGCCAGCUGUCAGAUUAAAGUGUUCAAGCCUAAAGGAGCAGACCGAAAGCAGAAAACGGACAGAGAAAAGAUGGAAAAGCGAACGCCACAAGAGAAGGAGAAAUAUCAGCCCUCCUAUGAGACCACCAUUUUAACAGAGUGCUCACCGUGGCCUGAGAUCACGUAUGUCCCCAAUGCUCCUUCCCCCGGAUUUAAUAGUUCACACAAUAGUUUUACAAUUAGUGAAGGUAAUGGUUCUCCAAACCACCAACCUGAACCACCCGCACCCAUCAUUGAUGUAAGUGCAGCACUGACCUCCGUUCAGAACCUCUUGCCUACAUCAACCCCUCAGGAGGCACAACAGUGGCUACAUAGAAAUAGAUUUGCUGCAUUCUCGCGGCUAUUCACAAAUUUCUCAGGUGCAGAUUUAUUAAAGCUAACUAGGGAUGAUGUAAUUCAGAUCUGUGGACCUGCUGAUGGGAUCCGGCUCUUCAAUGCACUGAAAGGGAGGGUGGUACGGCCAAGGCUCACAAUUUAUGUCUGCCAGGAGUCACAGCAGCUACGGGAGCAUCAGCAGCAGAAACAUGAAAAUGGGGAGCAGGGAAAUGGUUCCUUUUUUGGGGUGUAUCACGCCAUUUACCUGGAAGACCUGACGUCUCUGGAAUUAACUGAGAAGCUUGCCCUACUUUUCAACAUUUCUCCUCAUCAGAUUAACCAGAUUUACAAGCAGGGGCCCACCGGCAUUCAUGUUCUUAUAAGUGAUGAGAUGAUUCAGAAUUUUCAAGACGAGUCAUGCUUUGUGCUGGAUACAAUGAAAGCUGAAACCAACGAUAGCUACCACAUCAUUUUAAAAUAAGGUGCCGCACGAGAGCCACCCUUGUCCGCUAAUCAGAGAAGACCCAGAACUGGUCUCUCGGUGCCCUCCAGUAGGCUCGCAGGACUUGAAUGCACUAGAGACAAAUGAAUCUUCAGCGUGUCGCCGCCUUACCUGGCAGACUCUCGCUUCUUCCAUAUUGACAGGCCGCUCCUGCUUGUGCAGACUCAAAUCAUAUCCAGCAGGCGAAGAGCUUAUUGCAGUGAUCGAGCACCUAAGUGGAUCACGUUUGAUCUGCACAAGGACGAGCCCUUCUAGUUCACAUUGUAAUGUGGACCUGGAUUAUGUAUGAACUGGCCACUCCACUCCAUUGGCUGGCAUCAUCCUUUUUAUACUUAAGAAAAAAAUAAAACAUUUAAGCUGAUCUCACAGGCUGCUGGAGACGCAGAUACAA